GAAAGCUCUGUCCUUUGGCCUUACGUCACAGGCGCUCACCGGCAGCUAAUGCUAGGAUCCAAGAUGUCCGCGAUGUUCCCCAUGUGUGUGAGAGCCAGCCGGAGCGUCCUGCGGUUCAGGAGCGGGACGUUAGCUGCCUCCAGUCCGCAGCAGGUGCUGGAUAUCAUCCGGCCUCUCUCUACAGAGAAGAACCCAGCCGGGACGGGCGGUGCGACCGGGGGGCUAGCUCAGGCUAUCCUCCAGGAGAGGCUCCAACAGCAGCAGCAGAAUCAGGAGGGCAAGCCAGGUGAGAAGGACGGAGAGCAGGCGGAGGACAAGAAACAGAAGGAGAACACGGCCUAUGCUAAAAAGAUGGUGCUGCGGCUGGCCGGACUCAUGGGCCUGGGCGGGGCGGUCAGCCUCGUGUAUAUAUUUGGCACAAAUUCAGUGGAUGAGCAAGGAGCCAGGAUUCCAGAUGAGUUCGACAAAGAUCCUCCCGUCAUCCAGCAGUUAAAAAGAACCUACAAAUACUUCAAGGACUACAGACAGAUGAUCAUCGAGCCGACGAGCCCGAAACUGCUACCCGACCCGCUGAAGGAGCCAUACUACCAGCCACCCUACACGCUGGUUCUGGAGCUGACUGACGUCCUGCUGCACCCGGAGUGGUCGCUGUCCACUGGGUGGCGCUUUAAGAAACGACCAGGCAUCGACUACCUGUUCCAGCAGCUGGCGCCGCUCUACGAGAUCGUCAUCUUCACGGCUGAGACGGGCAUGACGGCGUAUCCUCUGAUCGACAGCAUCGACCCCCAAGGCUUCGUCAUGUACCGUCUCUUCAGAGAUGCGACGCGCUACAUGGAGGGCCACCAUGUGAAGGACGUGUCGUGUCUGAACCGGGACACCAGUAAGGUGAUCGUGGUGGACUGCAAGCGGGAGGCGUUCCAGCUGCAGCCCUUCAACGGCAUGGCUCUGAGGGAGUGGGACGGGAACUCUGACGACCGGACGCUCUAUGACCUCGCCAACUUCCUGAAGACCAUCGCUCUGAGUGGCGUGGACGAUGUUCGGAGCGUUCUGGAGAACUACGCUCUGGAGGACGAUCCCAUCGAGGCCUUCAAACGCCGGCAGGCCCAUCUGGCCCAGGAGGAGGAGCAACGUCUGGCUGAACUCUCCCAGCAGAAGAAACAGGGACUCUCUCUAGGUUCCAUCACAUCGCGGUUCUGGCGCUCCAAACAGCAGUGAGGGUCACACAGAGCCCCACCCACCCACACUGUUCCACCAAUCACAGCCUUGCAGGAGGUGAGGGGCGGGGCCUGUAUACUGUAGCUGAGCAGCGUCCGCCAUCACGAGUCAGAGGGCGGGUUCUGGACACAGAGCGAGGGCAUGAACAUUGGUCGGCUCUGGACCAGUCAGAGAGAGCGGGGCAUUGAAGCCUCUCCCUUGGUCAUCUUGGUGUCACCUGAUGGUUUUGUAAGCUGCUGAUUGGUUUAAAUAAACUGAGAAUCCGGUUAGUUUGGACCUUGUUGUUGGUGGGCGGAGGCUGAUCCAGGACCAGCGCUGCUAUCGCCUCUCCAUCUCUGGUUCUCUCAUCCGCUCACAGGACCGGACCUGACAUCAGUUUACUUCCUCUUCCUGUAGAGGGCGCCGCUCACAGAACCAGAACCCUUUGUAACUCUGAAAAUAAAAGAAAUCAUUGAUGUUUAGAGGAGUGUGUGAGAGCGUUCUGCAGCGGUUCUGAUGAACGAUGGACUGAAGACCGGAGCACCUGCAAACAUCUGGGAGCAGGAGGAGCUUGUUGUCUGUUACUGAUGAGCCUUAUGAUGUCAUCUUGUUUUAUAUUCAUCUCCUCCUGCAGAUAAACUCAUAAACCUCUAACAGCACCAAGCAAA